AUGCAUUUAAAAGAAAAACAUGAUACUGAUGUAAUUAUAAGAAAAAAAGAUGUAUUAGAAUCUGGUACAGAAUAUGAAAUAACAUUUGUUAAUUCUGAUGAACGAACAAAAGAUAUUUUACCAUCUAUAGAAAGUUUAUCAACCAAUGAUGAACAAUCAUCAACAUUUUAUGAAAUAAUUCUUAAUUCUGAUGAAAUUGAAACACAAAAAUUAACAUUAAUUGAUGAAACAUGUGAUGAACCAGUAACGAAUUAUCAAUUAUUGAAUGAACUAACUGUUAAUGAUAUUGAAACAUUUGUUAAAAACAAUCCAUUUGUUUUAUCUGAUAAUGAAUUAAGAACUUGUAGUUCAGGAGGAGGACAUCAUCAACAUUUUGAUGAUUUAAAAUUAAUUGAUUUUCCUGUUAUGUGA